GGUAUAGUAGUCCGGAGUUCCGCGGCGCGCACAUUCACCAAUUGCCGGCGAUGGCGGACGGACGCACAGUGGAAAACGGUGACGGCGAAGGAUCCAAAUCAAAAUGCAGAUCCACCAGAUACGCGAUCCUCGACUGCGAUGGCGGUAGCGAUGAUGCCUGGGCCCUGCUCCUGCUGCUCCAUGCGGCCGAGAGUCAUGGGAUCGAGCUCCUGGCGGUCACCACCGUCGGAUGCGGAAACACCAGUCGGGAGAACGCCGCUCGCAAUAUGCGUCGGAUACUGGAGGCCUGCAAGCGCACAGACAUUCCCAUUUACCUGGGUGCUGUGGAUCCCCUGAUACCCGUCGAGGAGGACGAAAAGAAGUAUUUCCAUGGACGCGACGGAUUCGGGGACUGUCUCGCCGACGACUGCGGUCCGGUGGAGAGUUUUGUGCGGCCGGAGCACGCUGUGACCGCCAUCCAUGAUCUCUGCCGUGCCAGACCCAAACAGAUCACAGUAUUUGCCGUGGGCCCACUAACGAAUCUGGCCCUGGGCUUCACCAUGUACGGGGAGACGUUCGGUGAGAGCUUUAGGGACAUGUUCAUCAUGGGCGGCAACUACCAGGGCGUGGGCAACUCCUCACGGGCGGCGGAAUUCAACUUCCAUUCGGAUCCGGAGGCGGCACACACGGUGCUCCUGAAGAGCCGCUGCCCCAUCACCAUCCUGCCAUGGGAGCCCUGCACCCCCAAACGAUUCAACAUACCCAUUAACUGGCGCCUGAAGGAGUUCGCCGAAAGGGCCAAGGAUACCCGUCAUCCGGCGAUCACGAUGCUCAACCAGGUGGAGGCCGCCCAGUGGCUGCCGAUGAUCGAGCUGGACGGGAUCGACAUAUGGAACCCCUGCGAUGCCAUCGUGGUGGCCGCCUGUCUCUUCGAGGAUCGUUUGAUCCGCAAGCAAAGCACCUGGCACGCCACCGUCGACCUAAGGGGCACCCACACCCGGGGUCAGAUGGUCCUCGAUCAUCUGCGGGAGCGGGAGAAGUAUCCGGAGAAUGUGCGCAUCAUCGAGCUGGUCGACGCCGAGUUCUUCAAACGGAUCUGCGAAUGGAUCGCCGGCUUGGACGAUGGCGCCCUGCUCCGCGAGAUCCAAUAAAUACCCAUAUCUAUAGUAAA